GCAGCUGCCACAUGCCGGACCUCGCCGUGCCGUGAGCGUCAGGCCAACCAGUACCUUCAUCCGCUCUCUAUACUCUCUUCCUCUGCAAGCCGCCUCCGAUGCGGCCGCUCAGUGACGCCUUCUGAUUCUGCGCCGCCGGCGCCGCCACUCGUCCGCAGAUGGGCAAGGCGGGCAAGUGGCUCAGAAGCUUCCUCCCGGGCAGCAGGAGGGGCAGGGACAACAAGGCCGGGGCGCUCGCGCCGGCGGCGGAGCCCGACCUGGCGCUGGCGCUGCCGCUGCCGGGAGUCGCCACGACGCCGGGGUCCACGCCCGGCGCCAAGGAGAAGCGGAGGUGGAGCUUCCGCCGCCCGGCCGCGGCGGCGUCGCCCGGGCCCGGGUCGGCGGCGGCGGCCAAGGACGUCGCGCGGGGCCACCUCGCGCCCUACGGCUUCCUUGAGCCGCGGGUGGACCCGGACCAGCACGCCAUCGCCGUCGCCAUCGCCACCGCCGCCGCGGCCGAGGCGGCCAUGGCGGCUAAGCAGGCCGCCGCCGUCGCCGCCAGGCUCUCCAUGUCCGCGCCGGGGUCCAAGCGCACCGUCAUCGGAAUCGAGGAGGCCGCCGCGAUAAAGAUCCAGGCCGUCUUCAGAUCCUACCUGGCGAGGAAGGCGCUGUGCGCGCUGCGCGGGCUCGUCAAGCUGCAGGCGCUGGUGCGCGGCCACCUGGUGCGGCGCCAGGCCAGCCACACCCUGCGCUGCAUGCAGGCGCUCGUCGCGGCGCAGAACAGGGCGCGCGUCGAGCGCCUCCGGAUGCUCGAGGACGAGAAGCCCGUCCGGACACCGCGGACGACGCCGGGCCGGCGCAGCUCGCCGCACCACCCCCGGUUCCGCCACCACCACCAGGACACGGCGGAGGACAACGUCAAGAUCGUGGAGGUGGACACCGGCGCCGGCGGACCCGAGGCGCACGGCACGCCGCGCACGUCCCGGCGCAGCAGCUGCUACGCGACGCCGCUGUGCCGCACGCCGUCCAAGAACGACCUGUACCAGAAGAUCUCGCCGACGCCGUCCGCGCUCACCGACGCCAGCGCGCGCACGUACAGCGGCCGGUACGACGACUUCUCCUUCGCCACCGCGCGGGCCAGCCCGUACCGCUACGCGCCGUCGAGGCAGCAGCAGCAGCAGCAACAGCACGACGACAAGCCCUCGGCGGAGUACGCGCUGCUCGUGCCCAGCUACAUGGCGAACACGGAGUCGUCGCGAGCCAAGGCGCGGUCCCAGAGCGCGCCAAGGCAGCGGCUGUCAGUGUCGUCGGCCGCCGCCGAGGCGGCCUGGCAGCCCAGCGGGCGGCGCAGGGCGUCUCUAGAGGCGCAGGCGCAGGCGACGCCGGCCCCGCGCGGGCAGGCGCCCCGUUACGGUCCCGCGCGCGUGCAGCGGUGCCCGUCGCAGGCCAGCGCGCCCGCGGCGUGCCCCUGGGGCGCCAGGCUCGACCGCUGGAGCGCGUCGGUGCACGACAGCGAGUGCGGGUCCACAAGCACGGUGAUGACCGCCGCCACUACCACGUACUGCUGGUCGUUGGCCACCGACACCGCCGGCAUGGCUUAGAGCCUUGUAGACGACGACAAUGGCAGUCGCAGGCGGGGUCUCACUCUGUCACUCACAUGGUUUCUGCAGCGGGAAGAUGAAAAGCUGCCGGGCCUUUAGCUUGUAGGGAUGGGACGUCGGGAGGCUGCUGAGUACUGGAUUCUCUCUAGUUUAACAGUAGAAGAAGCUCAAGCUGGGCUUCAAGUCUGCGAGUUUCUGCAAAAUCUGUAUGUGUGAGUGUGAUGUUCCUAGGGUUUGGAUAAUUUGAUGAGACUGGUGUUUUUGAGUGCCAAGAAUCAAGCAUUGUGUAUUGCUGCCGGGGUAGAGA